AUGACUCAUGAGCGCUUGAUUCGAUGUGAGGGUGACGAUGCUACCUAUACUAAGCACCUUGAACUACGAGUUGCUGAACUUGAGAGCGCCCACGGCACUUCCUGUUAUCUAGAGCAUCAAGAAAGCCACCAUCGUAUGACUGGGCAAUGUAGACCAUGCGAGGUCUGUCAAAACCCCGCCCGUUACACCAGAGACAUCCGUAUCAGUUUCCAAGGCAAUUGUGGCGACAGGAUUGGAGUACCCUCUGAAAGUCGUGAAGACAGUCAAUCGAGCCAACAUGAUAAUAGUGACACAUGGCAAUUUAUUCCAUAUGAACCAGCGGGUGGAAACGACCCAGCAAAUGGAGACGACCCAGCAAAUGGAAACGACCCAGCAAAUGGAAACGACCCAGCAAAUGGAAACGACCCAGCAAAUGGAAACGACCCAGCAAAUGGAAAGAAAACCGCCAAGAAUAGCAAGACCAAAAAUCUCGAAUUAGAACGUUUAUCCUCGUUCACGUCCUCUAUCAAUGAUCUACCCAAAUCUGACGACUGGAAAGAGUGGACUUCCGUCCAAGAUGCCAAACGAAAAGAGAUCGUCCUUCACUUAGUAUCAGGCAUUGUUCCCUCAGAGGACAACAACCUAUCAUCAUCCGAGACGCCGCCUAAAUCUUCCGUCGUGCUCGAAUACGGCAUGUCCAUGCGGCCUUCAGGAACGGAAACCUUGACGGACACCAAAAAGCGCCCAUUUACGUGCUUCCGAGAGCUUGUCUUUUGUUCGCUAUGUGCAGUUGAAAUAGAACUCAGUCGUACCAAGAAAAAGAAACGUGAAGCCAAAAAAAUCGUUUUCGAAGCUAUGAGAAUGGCCUUUGGGACUGAUGGCGGCAAAAGGCCUCUAAUGGCACGACUUCGUGGAGCCAAAUGGGCGAACCGUGUCAUUGAUCUUUUACUCCGGACUCAGUGGGGUCUCCGUAGCUGGGACAUCGUUUACGUUGGUAUGAACCCCACUCGAGAGUAUGGUGGAAAAGCUAACUGGUGA